AUGUCAAUUUUGGCUGCCACUCAUCUGACUUCACAUUUGAGUAGCCACAAUUGCUACCAACAACACGGAAGAUCCCAGAGCGAUCAGACAGACAGACGGUCCAGAUCAGGAAUCAGCUCCACGAUGGAUUUGCCUAGCUCCAGAAAGCAUUCUUCCAAUUCCAAAUUCCCAGUUUUUUUUGCAGAAUCUCACAGUCUUAUAUCCGGCAAGAAAAACGUUGCUAUGGUUAGAUCAUUGCCGCUAGUCAGCUCUAGUAAGAGAGCACGUGAAGAUGACGAAGAAGACAACACAGUCGUUGAAACUAGCUUUUGUGCUAAGAGAGCCAGAUCAGCUCCGACAUCUCCAAUCAACCGCUCCAGUGCCGAUACCACACUUGUGGAGGAUCUCAGGCUCAAUAAUGAUAUCAUCAUAACGUCUACAUCCACCCCUAAGAAGCCUUCGGGAAUGAUGACCCCUCCACCAAGUGAUCCUCUGGGAAUGGAUCAAAGUCCAUUGCAAGAUAAUGGUUCUGGAACGAGUCUAUCAACGCCUAUGUCAUCUCCCAAGACGACAAAGCUUCCUCCAAUUCGUGUGAGACCUAUCAUCCGUCCUAGUGUGAAGCCCGUAUCUAUCAUUGAGAACUCUUCGUUAUACUUCCCAGAUACAUCCUACUCAUACUUUUCGGGAAGAACGACGCUUCCACGUGGUUUCCUGGAGAGUAAUGUCCGUGAGGCAAGAGAAGACAACAACGACGAGUGGAGAGAAACGAUGGUUCACAGUCUAAGGGCAAAUGAUGGUCAGAAGUUCAGAGAAUUCAAAGACUUUUGCCUUCAGUCCAACAAACAGACAGACACAUCCGCGGCGACAACGAAUUUCACUGGGCAAGACGAGCAGCCUCGCGUGUCGUUCGACUCCAAGGUGUCUUCCAAGGCCACUCAGGAGAGACCAAGAUUGGCCCAGUUGAUAGACAGAAGACUUCUGAGGAACGAAUCUGCAACUGAGGGAUUCUACAACACCAGCAAUAUUGUGAACUUCCCUUUCGUGAACAACUACACGUACCAGUCACACGAUUAUCUCAAGGACCUGGAGAUGCUCUCCACCACGGCUGCUCACAACAUGCCUCACGGAUACACACCUUCUCAGAGUUUCGUGCCACAAAUACCGCCUGUAUCUCAACCUAUCCUUCCACACAACCAGGUGCAGCAUCUGCCCUCGCAGUUCGUUGCCUCGCGUGCCGUUCCACUCUCCACCAUACUCUCUGAGACCCGUACCGCUUCACCACCUCCUCAGACACCUCGGGUAUACAAUCAGCAUGUGACUCCUUUGAGCUCUCCCAAGCGCAAUCACGAGCACAUGGGUUCUCCCACCAGAUUCGUCACCUCUCCAAAGAUGGGUUCUGGUUCUCCAUCAACAACCAAACAACACUCUUCGCCCACCUCCUCCACUCGUGUGUGUAUCUCGUGCCAGUCCAACCAAUCGCCUUGCUGGAGACCCAGCUGGUCUGUGGUCGAGGGCCAGCUUUGCAAUUCUUGUGGUUUGAGGUACAAAAAGACUGGAGCCAGGUGCUUGAACAGAAAGUGUUUGAGGAUCCCAGCCAAGGGAGAAUGGUCUUUCAUGAAGUCCAAGGGAAAGACCAAUGCCAUUUUGUACGAUGACGAGGGAGUCAAGACGGGAUCCAUGUUGGCGUACAAGUGCUUGCACUGUGACGGUGUCGUGGAAGUCGAGGAAGGUCGCUAG